ACAAGUAUUAUCCACUUGGCAGCGCUGUGCUGCUGUUAUUAUCAGCUCCCUGACUCUGGCCCCCUCUCCUGCUGCACCGCCCCGGGCUGGCCUAUCUGCAGGGACCCUCAACAAGGAGCGCAUUGCUGGCUACCACCCAGAGCCGGAUUAAGAGGGUGGAACAAGGGUCAUGUACCCCGGGCCCUCCGUUUUAUAGGGCCCCCCUGUUGGAUCUGCUCCUAGAUAGCUCUAGCAUGGUAUGAUAGAGCUAAGUUAACACAGCAGCAGUAGCUGGGCAGAGGGAGAAGAGAGACCUGCAGGCCAAUCACAGAGAGCUUCUCCCCGGAGUCCCCGCCCCCUGCAAAGCACUGCUGGGAAGAAGACUGGUGGUGUGCAUGUGGGCUGAGAGUUCUGCAGGGUGAGAGCAGAGGCAGCAGAGCCAGCCAGCCCACAGCAAAGUAACAUUGGACAGAGGGGCAGCUGCUGGGGAGAGAGAGAAAACUCUGCAAAAAGCCGCGAUCGCAGCUACCGCUGCGGGGAUGAGGGAUCUAUUGCCGGAAAAGUCUGCAUAGUGACCUGCAGAUACUGGGAGCUGCUGUGCAAUGCUGUGGUGUGUCCUCAUCAUUCCAGUGGCUGUUCCGUGGCUGGCAGUGUCUCUCCUCUGCAACCCAGCCCCAGUCAAUGGCCCCCGUGAAGGCAUCGUCAGCCUCCGAUGAUUUUCAUGAAUUUUCUAGCUUAUUUGAGAGGGUAGUGCAAGACCUGACAGCGGAGGAAUGUGGAAACCCAGAGAUUGGGGUUGCCAUGUCACGCUUGCGAGAGGUCCUGGAAUACAAUGUCCGUGGAGGAAAGUAUAAUCGAGGUACCACUGUAGUGGCCUCUGUCCGGGAGCUGUUGCCACUGACCCUGCAGGAUGUGGAGACCAUAGAGAGGGCCCUGGUGGUGGGCUGGUGUAUAGAGCUGCUGUCGCAAUUCUUCAUAGUGGCUGAUGACAUUAUGGAUAAGUCUGAGACCCGUCGUGGGAAGCUUUGCUGGUACAAGAAGGAGGGCAUUGGCCUUGACGCUAUCAAUGACUCAUUCCUGCUUGAAUCAUGUACAUAUCGACUCCUGAGGAAGCACUGCAGCGGACAGUCCUAUUACCUGAACCUGCUGGAACUGUUUCUGGAGACUUCCUACCAGGUCGAGCUGGGGCAGGCACUAGAUCUAAUCGGCGCUCAGCCAGGGAAGAUGGAUCUAGACCAGUACACGGAGACCAGGUAUAAAGCCAUUGCAAAAUACAAGGCGGGUGUCUUUUGCUUCUACCUGCCCAUCGCUGCUGCCAUGUUGAUGGCUGGAAUAGACCAGGAGGAAGAUCACAAAAAUGCCAAAACAAUCCUGCUGCAAAUGGGGGAGUUAUACCAGGUGCAGAAUGACUACCUGGACUGUUACGGAGACCCCAGCAUCAUAGGGAAGAUCGGAACCGACAUCCAGGAUAAGAAGUGUACAUGGCUGGUGGUAGAGGCACUAAAGAGGGUGACCCCUGAGCAGAGGAGAAUCCUGGAGGAGAACUACGGCUAUGGCGACGUGGACAAGGUGCAGAAGGUAAAGCAGCUGUACAACGAUCUAGGUCUGUCCGCUGUAUACAGACAAUAUGAGGAGGAGAGUUACCAGAGACUGCAGACUCUUAUCUCCCAGCAUGCAAAUGGGCUGCCCAAAGAGAUCUUCCUGGGCCUAGCACACAAGAUUUGGCGGUUUUAAUGAGACAGAAUAAAAUAAUUGCAUUUAAAAUUGAA